AUGGCAAAGGGAUUUGCUUCUUGUGUUCUUUUCAUCAUGUAUCUUUCCUUGUUGACGUUGUACAGUAUUGGAAAUGGUUAUUCCCAGCACCACAACCACCAGCAGGAUGAUGGUGAUGAUCCCUUGGAUGGGGCUAGAAAAGUAGGAUUCUUCACUGUGGAUGAUCUCUAUGUGGGAAAAGUAGUGGGCAUUCAGUUUUACACCAGAGACCCUUCUUCUUUACCUCCGUUUCUAUCUAAAGAAGUUGCAAAUCAUUUCUUGUUUUCAAUAAAAGAACUUCUACUUAUUCUUCAGCUCUUCGGGAUGGCUCUAGGAUCUCUAGAGGCUCAAUUAGCUGAGAGGACCCUGAGAUUCUGCGCAGAGGAACCCACAAAGGGGGAGCAAAAGACUUGUGCAACUUCCAUAGAAUCCUUCAUCGAAUUCGCGAGCUCUAUGUUAGGAGGAGGACAAUAUGGGGUGGAUUUCAGAUCUAUAAAAACUACUCAUUUAGGAAAACCAGUCAGCAUUUAUCAGAACUACACUUUCCUCGACAUCAAAGAGGUGCAUAGCCCAAUAGUGGUGGCAUUCCAUAUUAUGGACUACCCUUAUAUAGUAUAUAUGUGCCACAGCCAAACAAGUAGGGUGUACCAGAUCAAGAUCGUUGGUCAAAACGUCGGAGAUGCACUUAAUGCUUUUGUUAUUUGUCACAUUGAUACAUCUCAAUGGGCACCGGAUCACAUUUCUUUCAAACUCCUCAGCGUCAAGCCUGGAACAAUUUUGAUUUGCCAUUUCUUUGGCCCUCAUAACCCUGUUUAG